AUGAGCGGCAACGGUAACAAUGGCGGCGCUCUGUUCAAACCGUCAGGAGUGGGGAAUGACGAACCGCGCAGGAAGGCGGAAGAGAGUAAUGGACACUCGCAUGCAUCGGCAAACACACACGGGUUCUCCAACACCAGUCAUGGAAACUCCAGCAGGGGCGGACACGAGCCUGACCGACUUUCGACUUCACCAGGAUCAACGGAUCGGAAUGCGCAGAUAGCAGAUAACAUCGCGGAAAGGCCACUCAGUACUACUGGAGCGGGAGAAAACGCUUUGAAUAGUAGCAAAGAUAGUGUAGAAGGUUUUCAGUUAGCAAAUGACGACAAUGCUCAUGGCAAUAGUUCAGGGAGCGUUGAUGAAUCCAAUCCAGAUAAUGUUAUCAUUUCGGAUUCGGAAAGUAGCAAAUCAAACUGGGAAAUUAAUGAGCUAGAAGGUUUGAAUUUACUAUCUCCUGUUGAGCACGCAUAG